UCGGAUGUUGUGUGAUCGAGAGGCGUGACACUCCAUGAAUGUAAUGUAAAUUCAAAUCACAUGCCUUUUAAUUAUGAAAAUAAAGCGCUCAAAUUGUUUUCUGUUCAUGCCUUACCAAUUUCAGUGCCGCUCAAUUCCUUUAUUUGUAGUCGAGUAAAGCCGCAGCAGAGACGAGUCCAGCAAACGGCACAAAAUGGGAAGAUGGGUCAUAGAUUUCCGAUGACAAUAAUGGCAUGAACGGAAUACUAUAGGUUAUAUAUCAUAGCGUGCAUGAUGGACAAGAUAAGUCUGGUAGCAUUUGCGACUUUUCUGAUCGUCCACGUUUUGAUUAUUGUGAGCAUCGCUACACCUGACUGGAUUGUGUCUGACAUUGGAGGGAGCAUCCGGCUGGGUUUGCUGUGGUCGUGCCAGACGACGCGCGGCCGGCCCGAGGUCUGCUUCGUUCCGCGCCUCUGCGCCGAGUGGCUGGUGGCGCUGGUCUGCCUGCUGUGCAGCUGCCUCUGCGUCUCCAGCACGCUGCUGACGCUGGUGCUGGGCCACUGGAGCAGCCAGUUCCAGCUGGCCGCCCGCUGGCUGGGCUUCGCCGCCGUGAUUUUUCUCUGUCUGGCUGCGGUGAUCCUGCCGGCGGGCUUCCAUAUGGCCGAGAUCGGCAGCGUGGCCUACCAGCUGCCGCCCAGCUACACGGUCGGCGUCUCCUACAUCCUCUUCAUCGUGUCGAUCUUCGUGACGGGCAUAGCCGAACUGUGUGCCAGCAGACUUUGUCUCUCGCACCGGUGAAUGGACGGCUUUGUUCUGUGGCGUCGAUAUGGACGCAGGGUGACCUGUGCCCUGUGGCGUCGAUAUGGACGCAGGGCGACCUGUGCCCUGUGGCGUCGAUAUGGACGCAGGGUGACCUGUGCCCUGUGGCGUCGAUAUGAACACAGGGUGGCCUGUGCUAUCAUGCUAGGAAAACUGCGAUCACCAGCGCGUCUGUUGUCAGCUCGUGCCUCUGCUUCUGUCGGCGAUGCUGACGGAGUGGGCUGGGCUUGUAGCGGCAGCCUCUGCGUCCAGAGACAUCGGUGGUCCUGACGCUGGGUAUUGCGUCCGAGGGAUACUGGUGCCACCUGUUGGUGGGAACACAAGCAGAGCUUUGCGAGACGCCGACAGGUGUGGAGUGCGUUGCCGACAAGGCUACUAUUGGUGUCCGCAAUGAGCAGCUUUCUAUGCAUCGAGGCUUCAGGUUUUCGUGGCAGAGGGACUUCUUUUGUACACCUCAUAUGCCACCCCUUCCCUAAGAAGUGGGUGGGUGGUGGGUGGGUGGGAGUUAAAUGACUACGUGGUCUAUGCGUCGAGAGCCGAGAAACCAACUGUCGAAGCCGGACACCCAUGCUAUCCGGUGCGGUAUGGGUGAGAACGCGAUGGCUCUGACCCCCGCCUCUGUAGCCUCGCAGUUCCGAGAGCGGACUCUAGGAGGGGUGAGCGGGCUGGCGCACGUAGUUUACAUGCGUUUUUCUGUGUAGGAAUUCGACUCGUCUCGCUGGCGGGGUUUGGAUGAGAGCCAUUGUUCUUAUCUUACGAAUGUAGCGUUCGGGGCGAGCAGAUUGCGCUGCCUGUGUCUGCCCAUUAUGAUCAAGAUAUUUGUAGAUCAGGUUAUUCGAUCUCUGUGCCGUUCUGUACCAGGGAUGCGGGAACUUGAUAUAUCAUGUCUCAUAAUAUAUGUGACCGCAGCGGCGCGGCCAGAAUCUGUAACGGGAGAGGGCUAUCAUGAUCCCAGCCACAUUGACGGUAACUACGCAGUUCGGAGAUACUAGCAGACUCAAAAAACGAUUAUAGGUACGGCAUCUAGCGCAUCGAUGACGUACGUAUGUUAUUUUGUUCUGUUGCCUCGAACUAUUAUGUCAGCUGCGUAUCCUACGUACCAGCUCGGUCAUCAGAGACGUGUUACUAAAUGACGGCUGCUGACUCACGUGUGGCGUCAUGUUGGCGUGUAUUGAGAUGAAAACCAUCAGUUUUCAUGGUCACCAAAACUCCGACUUGCAUUUAUUCGCGCCUAAGUAGGCACUGCGCUCGAACCUGACGGGGGAGGCCCCCAUUAGCCUCCGCCCCGGGCUGCGCCGCUUGCGCCCGUGUCAGUAAUGGAUUCGAGUCUACGCAUUCUUUUGCGUUUGCACGCCAUUUUAAGUCUUUCAAAGGUCCCUGAUUUGCUGGCGAUAUUGUUGACAUGCUCCUUUCGCCAGGACGUGUUCGCUGACCGAAGGUCGCAUUCAAAUUUCGGUGGUACUUUAUUGUGUUGUACAUUGCCGGGCGUUUUGAGAAGCGACAGCCGCGCCAUUGCACGUGCAUGCAUCGAGGAGUUCUCGUUCACACCACGCUCUGUGUAUUGUCUUCAGCUUCUUCCGAUGCUUGCGAAUGACAGCGACUCCAGCCAAUGAAUGUGGCCACGUUGUUGCCAUGACUCCCUCGUUGAUGUGGCAAACGCAUUAUUGUGAAGGGUCUUUUUGUACCGUUUUGUAGUACGUUGCCUCGCAAGUGCCUUGCUUCGCCUCGCACCAGUCUUGAAGCUCCAAACUGGAAGAGGCGGAGAGGCGACGCAGAAAUACAUGAUAGGACGCUGA